CCUCGCUUUCAGUCUGGAAUUGAAUUUUGUCCGGAACGGAGUGAUAAGAUUGCGCGUGGAGUGUACCUGAGUUAUUUCCCGGUGAAAUAAUGCAAAAAUGGUUUCGAAUCUCUCUGCUGCUCUGCAUAUUUGGUUUCUUGAAGGAAAUCCGCCCAUCUGAACCAUUUGUCACGGAUUUUCUUCUUGGAAGCUGGAGGAAUAUCACAGAAGAGCAGGUAAAUCGAGAUGUCUACCCCGUAGGAACGUAUUCUUAUGCUGCGCAGUUAAUUAUAGUAUUCCUUAUUACGGAUUUCCUCAAGUACAAACCUCUCAUUGUGACACUAGGAUUAGCUGGAAUAGUAACCUGGAGUCUCCUCCUGUGGACAGAGUCCCUGGAAGCUCUGCAAGUAGCUGAAAUUUUUUAUGGAACCUACCUGGCUACGGAAGUAGCCUACUACACCUAUAUCUAUGCUAAAGUAGAGAAGGAGCACUACUCAAAGGUCACAUCGCAUACAAAAGCAGCCAUCCUGUGUGGACGAUUCAUUGCUGGCUCAUCGGGACAACUCUUAGUAUUCCUGAAAUGGAUGGACUACCGACAACUCAACUACAUCACCUUCACUGCUCAGAUUUUAGCAACAGUUUGGGCUGUUUUUCUCCCACCUGUCCAGACUAGUGUCUACUUCCAUCGCAAACCAUUCGUUCAGCAGACCAACAACGAAUUCCUCUCUUCGGAACAUGAGCUGGUUGUCAAGGAAAAGAGGAAUGUUGCAAAGAUUAUUUGGAAUCAAUUUCGACGGGCCUACACAAAUCGCAAGGUUCUCCUUGGAAGCUUCUGGUUCAUCUUUGGGAUGUGUGGAUAUCUACAAUUUAUUUCCUAUGUUCAAAUCCUCUGGAAUGCCAUCAAUGUGGAAAAGGAAGCAAUAUGGAAUGGUGCAGUGGAGGCAGCAAUGACUCUCCUGGGGGCUUUUUCUGCCCUCAUUGCUGGCUACUCCCACAAUAGCUUCCUCAGUGAUCGUCGCAGUGUCAUCCCCCUUGUGAUCGUCUCAUUGGGAAGUGGUUUAGUCAUCUUCCUAGGUGCCCACACCAUGAAUCUCUACAUCUCAUAUGCCGCUUAUCUCAUAUUUGGAGUGCUCUAUGCUUUUGCAUCUACAAUAGCCAGUGCUGAAAUUGCAAAACAUCUGGAGGAAGACAGCUUUGGGCUUGUGUUUGGAUUCAACACCUUUCUCAGUCUCGUCCUUCAAACCAUCCUCACAUUGGCCGUCGUUACGGGCAUCCACCUCAGCAUUUUCCAGCAAUUUUACAUUUAUGCAGCUUAUUUUAUAGUAUUAGGAGUAGUUUAUUUUAUCAUUUACGUUUGGGACUUGUGUACUGUACCCAAAAUUAUCCUGGAGUGAAUAAGAAAAUCUCCUAUUUUUUUAUAGAUGAAAUUGUAGAAAGACUGGGUUAUAUAGAAUUUUAGUAAGUAUUUGUAUAUACAAUAGAAUAUAAAGAACAAAAAUAUGCACAAUGUUGAUCUUCGGUUAA